GCGUGGUUUAUGGACACUGCAGCGGAGGAAUAUGACACUGGGAUGAGCGACCGCGAGAGGAAGAGACACCGAGAGGCGGGAGUGAGACGACCGGCCAGGAAUUAACGGUUCGCCAAGAGGUCUGCGCUGCAAACCUUACGAUGGGGAGCAAUGACUGACGGAAGAACGGGCUGUCUUCCUUUCCUUGGCGCGUGAAGCCAUGGAUUAGAGCACUGUCUGGUCCCGACAGUCCCACAGUCAUGUGAUGGCGUCGCAUCAAACCUCGGCAAAGAUACAGAAAAUGAGAACGUGAAGGCUGGCGUCCACCAAGGCCUCCGCUGCACCGUGGGCAGCGCACACCCAUGAUCACAUGACUCUGGACAUGGACGCGGUCCUGUCAGACUUUGUUCGGUCCACGGGGGCAGAACCGGGUCUGGCAAGAGACCUGCUGGAAGGUAAAAACUGGGACCUGAGUGCUGCUCUGAAUGAUUAUGAGGAGCUCAGGCAGGUCCACACUGCCAACCUGCCGCAGGUCUUCAACGAGGGCCGCUACUACAAACAGCCAGAGGCACGUGACACACCAACCCAUGUCAGCAAGAUCGACAGGUCGUGUGCGCAGAAGCAGGAGGACAAUGGACAAGAGAAACGUCUGUCCCGCGGAAUCUCACAUGCCAGCUCCGCUAUUGUCUCCCUGGCGCGGCUGCAAGUGGCCAACGAGUGUACCAACGAGCAGUUCCCUCUUGAGAUGCCUAUCUACACAUUCCAGUUACCAGACCUCAGCGUGUACAGCGAAGACUUCAGGAGUUUCAUCGAGAGAGACCUGAUCGAGCAGUCCACCAUGAUGGCUUUGGAACAAGCUGGUCGUCUGAACUGGUGGUCCACCAUGUGCACCAGCUGUAAGAAGUUGCUUCCUCUGGCCACCACUGGGGACGGGAACUGCCUCCUCCAUGCUGCUUCUUUAGGGAUGUGGGGUUUCCAUGACAGAGACCUGAUGCUCAGGAAGUCCCUGUACACCAUGAUGAAGAGCGGCGCGGAGAGAGACGCCCUGAAAAGGAGGUGGAGGUGGCAGCAAACCCAACAAAACAAGGAGUCUGGCCUGGUGUACACCGAGGAGGAGUGGGAGCGGGAAUGGAACGAGCUGCUCAAGUUGGCCUCCAGUGAGCCUCGCACUCACCUCAGCAAAAACGGCAACACGAGCGGAGGGGUGGAUAACUCUGAGGACCCGGUCUAUGAGAGUCUGGAGGAGUUCCAUGUGUUUGUGCUGGCCCACGUGCUGCGCAGGCCGAUUGUUGUGGUGGCCGACACGAUGCUCAGAGACUCGGGAGGAGAAGCAUUUGCGCCAAUCCCGUUUGGAGGUCUCUAUUUACCCCUGGAGGUUCCUCCGAGUCGAUGUCACUGCUCCCCACUGGUGUUGGCUUAUGAUCAGGCGCACUUCUCUGCACUGGUGUCCAUGGAGCAGAGGGACCAGCAGAGAGAGCAAGCUGUAAUCCCUCUGACAGACUCGGAGCACAAGUUGCUGGCGCUGCAUUUUGCCGUGGACCCUGGCAGGGACUGGGAGUGGGGCAGGGACGACAACGAUAACACCAAGCUGGCCAACCUCAUCUUGUCACUGGAGGCCAAACUGAACCUGUUGCACAACUACAUGAAUGUAACAUGGAUCCGAAUUCCAUCCGAAACAAGGGCUCCCCUGGCUCAGCCCGAGUCUCCGACUGCUUCUGCAGGUGAGGACGUGCAGUCUCUGGCUGAGUCCAUUGACUCUGACCGCGAGUCUGUUGGCAGCAACUCCAACGUCAACACGGGCAAGAGCGGCAAGGACAAAGAGAAGCAGCAGCAUCGCAAAGACAAAGACAAAGACAAGAGCAGGGCCGAUUCUGUAGCCAACAAGCUAGGUAGCUUCAGCAAAACGCUGGGAAUCAAGCUGAAGAAGAACAUGGGGGGUCUCGGGGGUCUAGUGCACGGCAAAAUGAACAAAUCGAACUCUGGCUCAGGUCGAAACGGGGAGAACGGAGGGGAAAAGACAAAAAAGAAAGACUUCAAGACACCCAAAGGGAACAAAGAUGAAUCGGGUCACUCGGCCAGCUCCACUUCCUCGGAAAAGGCCACAAGCCCCUCGCCGACAGAUCGAGACAAACCGUCCAGCGCCUCCCCCAGCGACAGAACGGACAGCGCGGGGAGGGUCUCGGGUGACAAGAGCCUCGACAGCUGGAAAUACAGCACGGACGUCAAGCUCAGCCUCAACAUCCUUCGGGCCGCCAUGCAGGGCGAGCGCAAGUUCAUCUUCGCCGGCCUCCUCCUCACCAGCCACCGGCACCAGUUCCACGAGGAGAUGAUCAGCUACUACCUGACCAACGCGCAAGAGCGCUUCAGCCAAGAGCAGGAGCAGAAGAGAAAGGAAGCCGAAAAGAAGCCCCCGGCCGCCGGCGACGCGGCCGCCAGGAAGCCGGAAAACGAGAGCGUCUUCCAGAGGGAGAGGUCGGACAGCUCACCCCAGGAGAGCUGCUCUCCUGUCCCGCCGCACCGCACCUACACCCCGCAGCCCCCCGCGCCGCUCAAUGUGCAAGGCCGGAGCAGUCCCGUCCCCGCCGCCCCUCGCGUCUCUUUCCCGGUUCCUCCGCUCACCCCGCCCGCCACCUCCCACCCCGUCCCGGGGCCUUACUCCUCCCCCAGUUUUGGUGCUAAGAGACUCGGGCCCGUUCCCGUGUCCGCCCACUACAGCCAUACCCCUCCCAUCCAGAGGCACAGCGUGAUUCACCUCCAAGAUGUCAACAUGCAGUCCCCCAUCUUACGAGAUCCCUACAAACCGGCGCCCGCGGUGGGCACCCUCAAGACGUGCGCCACCUACCCCCAGCAGAACCGCACGUUGUCGUCGCAGAGCUACAGCCCGGCGCGCCUGUCGGGCGUGCGCACCGCCAACACCCUGGAAACGCUGGCGUACACCGUGCCCGGGGAACACAAGUCCCACACGUACACCAACGGAUUCAUCGCGAGAGACAUUCAAGACUGCCUGGAGUUCGCCGACGACGACAACAACUCGUCCCACGCUUGGCUCAACCGAGACAAAACCAAAGGGCGCGGCUCUGGAAGCCCUUUGUACUGCUUUCAGCAGCGCCGCUGCAAGAGGGACAACUGCUCCUUCUACGGCAGGCCCGAAACGGACCACUAUUGCUCCUACUGCUACAGGGAGGAGCUUAAGCGCAGGGAGAGGGAGAGCAAAGUGCAGAGGCUCGCAUAGCCAUCGCCGCCAAGGGAACGACGCUACCUGCACUUUGCAUCCGCAACAACGUGAUGGAGAAUGCUCUUGUAUUCCCGCCCCCUUCCCUUGUUAGUCAAGACGAGGGAAGCAGAACUCGAAACGGUGAGCAGCUUUGGCCAGAUAUUAUUGUGCUUUUUUUUUUUUUUUUUUUUAAUCUAGUCUUUUACUUGUUUUAGAGUAAAAGUCAUCUCUGGGUCUUUGCGAAUUCGCAAAGACAAAAAGCUCCUUAUUUUUCAUUGUAGAAAAAAAAAUUCAAUCUCAUAUUGGCGGGGAGCAUUUUAGUGAAGCCGUUUUGAAUGCGAUGCCUCUUCUCGGUCGCUCAUAUUUUCUCCGGAAGAUUUCGUGUUGUUUUUGCAAUCAAAUGAACGUAAAGGGGAGAUUGGUAUUCGCCUCGGAAGCAAUAAAUUUGGUGAUCUCCUGCUACACUCUCCCCCCAAUUUUGUCUAUGCACCAAUAAUAUAUAGAUACUGUAGGUUAACUGUCUUGUAAAUUGUCAGAGAUCGUCACGUGGUGCUCCCGGGAGCAAAUUUCAACGACAGGAUUUCAAACGUACACGCAAUAUAGCUUAACAUUGGAUUAGCUUUGUCCAGUGUACCUUUAUCCCGCGAAGGAUUCACGACACGAUGGAUCAAAAGUGGCGUUUUUUUUUUUUGUUUUGUUUUGUUUUUUUUAAUGAAAGGAAUUUCCUGUGCCAAACACUGAACAAUGGCACGCUCCUCAAAUAUGCAGUGUUCACGGUGUGUCCCUCUGAGCUGCCUAAUACUCCUAAUUGGUAAGUGUCUUAGAUGAGAAGAAUCGUGGGUAGUACGAGCAAGAGCCGAUGCGUAUUUGUCUAAAGUGUGAUUACGUGUCCGCCCCUGUAGGCCCGCCCACCCGUCUGUCUCACACGCAAUCAUGGCGCGCGGUCAUGCUUUAUAUCACGCCGUGGUUUUACCGGUCCCGCGUGACAGUGUGCGUCCUUCGUCCACAUGUAGAGGCCGUUUCAAGAAGCACCUGCUGCUAUAAGAGCACCUCAAGCCUUUGUGAUCAUCAGUGCUUUAACCAAUCAGUGGGUUUGGGGGAGGAGGAAAAAUAAAAAAUAAAAAGAGAAACAACCCGGGCCUGCAAGUGCUUUCUGCUCAUUGAACAUGACGACUGUAAAGAAGCCGUGUUUGUGUUGCCGUUUGUUCUGGUGAUGCUGUUUGCCGAAUAAUGUACCAUGCUGUCCUUAACAAAAGUGUGUCCUGGCCAAGGAUGUCCACUGCUGUUCGCUUCCGUCUCUCCUGUCCAAUGCAGUGUCGCUCCUCCUCCUCCUCUUGGUUCCUACGUGACCCCCUUCAUGGACUGCCACCAUGUUAGGACUGUAAGAUAUGAUUUUGUAUUCCUUUAAGACUUUUACACUACUUUAAAUUAUUGAUUUGCACAUUAGGUACAGAUGUAUAUAUGAAGAAAAUAAUAGUUUAUUGUUACAAACAUCAUGUGUCUGUGUCUUUUUUUUUUUCCGGACUCUCUCACUUCCGCUAAGAACCCAGGCUAAACUUGGCUCCUCCCCAACUCUAAAAGCUUGUCAUUCAGCGAGAUUUAUCACUUCAAACAUACUUGCUUAAAACCAAUUGGCAAGGAGAGGCUCCAUCUUAACCAUGGAAAAGAAAAUCUCCAAAAACUCCAUAAUUUUAAUGUAUUUUUUUUGUAACCCUGCACGGUACAUUUAUUAAAUACGGUUCAGUUGUGUUUAACUUACCGUAAGUAUCAGACAUUUUCAAUGAAUCAUUUCCAAUUGUUGGUUUAAAUUUUUUUCCAGGUCAAAUUUGUAUUUCAUUUUUUUUAUGUGCAAUGUAGUUUGAAUCAAUUCAUUAUAUUUUUCAUCACACACCAGAAAUAUGCCUCUCAUACUACUCUAAAAAUCACAAUAUUUUCAUGCUUAUUCAGUAUUUUAUCCGUAUUCAUUCAACUGAAAUAACGGAAAACACAAAUGUGACCAACCCAUUAGCCAGUUUCAUUAAAAGCGAAAAAGUCCUACUCAAUAUACGUAAUCCCUUCUAAUUGCAAAGCAAAUCAACGUGUACGUAUGCUUUUCACAUCCUUUGCAAUGUUGGCCUAUAGAUUUAACAAAGGCCAAGUCCAUACAGUGGAUACCAAAUAUUCAAGAUCUGAAGAUGACCAACAGUAAUUUGUGUGUACUCAUUUUUCUUUUUACUGUUUGACAGUUCAGAAUGUUAAAGAGCAAUGCAUGAAGUAGACUUUCCGUCGGUAAACCAACCUCUCUACGCUUUUCCCAAAGGUGAGUACAGUGGUACCUCUACUUACGAACGUCUCUUCAUACGAAAUUAUCAAGUGACGAAACGCCUCAACAGGAAAAUAUCGCCCCAUGUUACAAAAGAAAUUUCAAGAUACCAAAGGUAAAAACACAGUAUGGCCUGCUACUCGCAGCUCCGAGUUUCCUGAAUGCAACAUAUUUAUAGCUGCUCCACCAUUGGCUAUUACCAAGAAAAAGUGAUCGCUCACUAUGCUGAUGUAUGCCUUCGACAUUUCCGAAGGAUUUUUCGUAGCCGACAAAAGCAAAUGUUCUUGACAAAACACCAGGCAAAAACCACUUCUGAGCGAGAAUAUGCACUAAAGAGUGCAAAAAACGGUGAGGACGCAUUAUGCACAAAUAUUUUUGAUACAUUUUUAUGCUUUAGGAAAUAUUUGUCUGAAUUUUGGGGGUGCUUGGAACGGAUUAGGGCACUUACAUGGAAAAUACUUACAAAAUUUUGUAGUUAAUAUAUUUCUUCCAGAACUAACUAAUUUUGUAAAUAGAGGUACCACUGCAGUUUGUUUUUUAAAAAUGUGCUUAAAACUACUCGAUAGUGUGGGAUGUACAGUGGACUAGUCUCAUCACGAUUCUAAGGUUCGGGGUUCUUCGUCCCGGAUUACGUAAAUUAUCCAUAGUGAAUGCUUCUCGGACAAAAUAAGAUGGGAUAAUUGCAAGUUCACCCGCAACCUUAUAAAAACAAGCUCUUUUGUCAAUAGAUGCAUUUUAGUCUUAGUAGAAUGUGAGCAUUAUGCUUGUGUGACUUGAAUGUUAAAAUUGCCUGUGCAGUUAUUUGAGAUUUGGGAUUCCUCAGGAAACAUUUGCCGAAAAAUGUCAACAAAUCAGCCAGUGUCCCAUUUGUGUUUUGACCUUUUUGGAUGAUGUGCAUCUAAGCGUAAUAUAUUGGUGAACAUUUUUCUCAAGAGUGGAUAAACACUGUUUUACUCGUGUAUAAAAAAAUCUUCAUCGCAGCAGGGAUGAGUUGGAGUGAGAAUGAAGAGAAGGUUACUCUGUGGGCUGGAGCCCACUGUGUGUGUGUCUGUGUGUGUGUGUCCCUGCUGUUCAGCCAAAUUGGAGGCCACCCACCCUAAGCGCAGCGCACGGUGGGACGAGCCUACAUUUUGGUGGCUGGCACCAGCUGAGAGGGAGGCUUAGCUCUCAAAGAAGGUCACGGAGGGCAACCCCGAUGAGAGGCGGCCAUGUUUGACUGUGUGAGGCCGUUGCCAUCAAAGGGGGGAAAAGGGUCGGGGGCAUACGUCAUGCAACCAGUUUGAAGAGGUCAUGCUGUACAGGCGGGGAAAAGAAGAGGGGCAUGGGAGAAUGUACUCCUACUUGUUGUUAAAGAUGAGUUAGAUAAGCCGCACCCAAAAAUAUAAAAAAUAUAUUCAUUUAACCCUCCAAAAUUAAAAAAAUAAUAAUUACCAAAUCACCUUUUCCGACAUUAUUAAAAAAAAUAAUUCAUGAACAUCACCAAUCAUUCAGGUGUCCGUCACUUUUGCUACACACUUAACUUACCAGGCCUACACCUGCUCCUUUUUGACUCAUUUUAGAAGCUGACUAUGUUGUCCAAGUCCUGGUGCACAACGACGCAAUGGUUAUUUUGUCCUACAUUGUUUGUCCACUUUUUACCUGCCAUAUAUGUGAUGUAGUAAGCACAUUUUCAAAGCCAUUUCGCUCCGGCGUAGCUGUACAGAUUUGCUCCUAUGUCGAUGAAGUCAUUGAUAGAUCGCGCAAUUGUGACAUGGCAGUCACUCAGAGAUUUGGCAUAAAAAUGCAAAAUAGUGCUCAUUUUCGAUCCACUCAGAUCAGAUCGCUGUUGUGUUUGCAGAGCUGCAGUCCAUAAACAGGAACUGAGCCACCCCAGAGAAGAUUUACACCCACAUGGCCGUCCAAUUAUAGGACGGCCCCCCCACACACAUAUACUGUAUAUAUCUAUAUAUAUUAUCUACACGUGUGCACAUUUCACCUUGACUGUGCUUGCUAAUAGAAGCUGACACUGCAAGCAGCAAAGGUGCGAGUGAAAAGAUCCAUCAGUCGAAGCCCCUCCCCCACAUCCACAUUGUGUCUGCAUUCACAUUCUGUAAGCGCAGAAUACACACCCACAUUACGCAGCAGAAAGUGUGUCAUUGUCAGUGAGGGUCCACACGUGACUAGCAGUGACCCUCCGAGAAUGCCCCCACACAUACACACACAUAUGCAUCUCUCUCUCCCUCUUUUUCUCUGACUCACACUCUUUUUAAUAGUGUGUGUGUGUUUUUUAAUGGUUUGCUCGCUCUUGGAUAUCUGCAGAUGCAUGAAAAAACUUGCAGGUUUCAGCAUUUUGAUGUGGUGUAUUAAAAACUAAUAAUGCUUUAUUUUGCUUUUUCAUUCAUUCAUUUUCUACUUUCUUCCCUCCAAAUUUUGCUGCUGUAAAUUGCGAAUUUCUUCAUUGUGAAACAGUAAAGUUUUUCUUAUUUUGAUUGACGCCAUCAGAAAGUAUUCUCUGAUUUUGGUUAUUUUGGUGGCGGUCGUUUGAACUACAUUGCUUCAUACCGUUUGUCGUAUGAGGCAAUGUACGAGGCAGGUGCCUAUGAAAGCUACGGGAAGCAUGCAGAAGGUGGUCGAAAAAUGAAAAGCAAUCCUUUGGCCAAGAUGGCGGCGGCGGUGAUGGCAAAAGGAAACGGUGCCGUGGUGCCAAGUGUGGCAGCUUGUGUGCUUGCUUGUGUGCCUCCAACCCGCCUGGAGACAUGCUGGGUGUAGACCAGAAUCAUUAAGUAGAAUUUUAAAAUAUUUGCGCUUCCGUCCUGUCUCACGCUGCAUUGCUGUGUCCACGGAAUUUUUAUUUUUAUUUUUCCACUAGUGGGGCCAGUUAGGCCUUUUCUUCUAUUGGCUUACACACGACCAGAAAUGCUCACCUUCAUUUUCAAACAAAAAUCCAAUAUUUGUUUCAUGAAAUUGAAUUAAUCUAUUCUCAACAAGGUUCUCUUAAUAUUAUAGUGUUUCUCUCGUCCAAUCAGAUUUCAGCCUCUUAGCAAUUAGACUGUUUCCGAUUUCUACUUCAUGCUCACAGGGUCAGCUAGCUGGCCCACAAUCACGACAGCAUUUCUCUGCCUUCUGAUCGGUUGGUCAGAGCCAAACCUGUUCGCGCCAACUUCAACGAGCAACCCGCCAACCAUAAAGACUUUGCAGGGAUGCACACAGGUUGCAAGCCUGACAAUAUGUAACAAAUCUGGCUCGCGACACAAAAAGGAAGGAAGAGUCCUCAGCAACGUGGCGCCCCGCCCGUUGUUGAUACCCGUAGUUACAGUAAAUAUUUGCAUGGGUGAAAUAAGGGAACAAAGUGUACUUCCUGUUGCAACAAUAACACUGGUCUGUUUGAGAAACAAGCUCGUCAGAGGCUGAUGGGUCUACGCCUGUCUCCGCUGUGUUCCAAAAAGCCUGCUUGAACAGAUGACAUCUAAUCCUCAAUGAGACGCGAGAGGGCCCGUUUAUGUGUACAACACACCCCUGAAGUAGUGGACAGAGUACAUGGUAAAAAGAAUUCUGAAACCCCAAAACAAAGCAAAACAAAAGCCAGAAAACACAAAAGAAGAAGCUUUAGCUCGUUAUGAAACAGACAGAGGCAUUUCGAGCAAUGAGGAAACUGCCUGACAGCUGACCUGCAAAGUAACGUUUUACAAUCGUCCAGCCUGCAUGAGGAAGUGCACGAUUGUGUCCCACAACAGAGUUGAUAUGUUAUGUAAGAGAGAGAAAACCGCAACGACGUGGAUGCUCUCGGGUUCCUUCGGCGUAGCAAAUGUGAUGUCGUGCAAUGGAAAUGACAGAUGGUCAGGUAUGCAUGUACUCACGUUUGUGCUCUUCUUCUGGGUGUACACACUGCCUUCGGUGUGCAAACAUCUUACGGCGCGUACCCAAACAAAAGCAAAAUGGGUCACUUGAGCUUGUUGUGUAAAUCUGGACUAAGAGCACUGUAGUUCUACUGGUAUGUAGGGACAGCGUAAGCUUAGACUUACGUGAGGGUGCAGGCUAGGUUGGAGUUUGGUAUUUUCAUAUUAUCGGGUUGUUAAAUUGCGGUUGACAUUAAUGUUAGGGGAGGAGGGAGGAGGGUUUAAGUUAAGGGGUGUCAAAGUCAUUUUUGGCGCCGGUCACAUUUUAGUUACCGUUUCACUUGGAGGGCCGUUAGAAUGCAUCUCUUAUUUAUUACAUAUGAGAAUAAAAAAUGUUGGUAGACAUUUUAAAAAGGAUCAUGGAAGUUAACAUGUUUGAGCUGUUUUCACGGGCCACAUUAAACAAUGUGGCAGGCCAGAUCUGGCCCCUGGGCCUUGAGUUUGACACCAGUUGGUUAGAGCAAGGGGAGUGUCGUGUGGGAUCUUUUUUUUUUUCUCCAAUGGUUGAAUUCCCUAAAAGUUCCCAUCUCUACAUUAAGAAUUGCCGCUUGACCAUGUUUGCUUUGAAGCCCGGCCCCCACUCAUUGAAAAUGUUUGCAGACAUCAGAGCCCCACUGGGUUUAUAUUCAAUUAGCAUUUUUUAAGGUGUUCAGGACCCAAAUUAUUCAGUGAUUUAUAGACCAGUAGCCGGAUCGUAAAAUCUCAUUCUAGGGCUGCCUGGGAGCAUAGAGGGCAUUUGAAGGAGGUUCAGAAAGACGAUGAGACACCAAUGAGAGUGCAGAUAUCGUUGCAAGGCCGUCCAACACGUAUCGAUUGUGACGCUGUUAUAAAAAAAAAAGUUCAUUUGGGAUAAAAAGUGAAAAGGCGGCUUUCGAGGGGGAAAUCAUACUGUACAUAAUGUAACGAAUAAGUGCAAUAAUUCAGUUCUGUCUACAGAGUUCAGCCUGAACUUUUUAUGAUCCCUGGUUUGUGUGUGAAGCCUCAGUAGCCAACUGAAGAACCUGUCAGUGUUCCUUUUCUUAUUUUGGAAAAAAAAUAUCAACAGACUAUAAACAAACAACAAAAUAACGCAUACAGUCAUUUUGCGUGUUCUGACUUCCUAAAAGCAUCCAUCAUAUAUUGCAGAAUGACUUGCUUACUUGCUUGUGGCCUACUUGACGAUGGGUGGGGGGCGCGACAAAACAAAUCGAAACAAGUUAGAGCUGCAUAUUUUAUGAAUUUAUUUCCAAAUGUAAACUUCACUAUUCCAUGCAUACGAGUUAUGACGACAUACAUUGUUCAACAAUCUUGUUAUUUUUCAUAUUUGCAUAGGACAUGGUCACAAUAUAUCGUCUAACAUGUAAAAAAUAAUGCCAUAGAAAGGUACAGCAGAGCAGCUAAGACCAGCACAUUACAUUACAUGUGGUUGAAAUCCCAGGUACUGUACAACUGUAAUACUUGUUGAGCGUAGUGAUUUUGGUUUGCUGAGAGGAAGAAAAAAAAAACAAA